GUUGUGUUUCUUAUGACAGGCCAUGUGCCCGCCAUAUGUAUUAUUAUUCCUCUGGCUGGCCAACAUCAUCCUGAGCUGCCAGCACUUCGUCGUAGCUAGCACCAUAGCCGCCUGGUACUUUACAAGGCACAAGACGCACAUGAGCGCGCCGGUGAUGAGGAGCAUGCAGCUCCUGGUAGGCUACCACCUGGGCUCGGUCAUCUACGGCUCGCUGGCACUCGUCGUCGCGGAUCCCCUGAGGGCGAUCAUCUCUGGCACACGUCUCGUCUGGCAUGAUAAUACUCAGGCGGGGGCGUCAGCCACCAGGCUUGUGAGGCCGUGUUGUAGCUGCCUCGACCGAUUUUUGAUGCACCUCAACCGCAAGGCCUACAUUGUCAUGGCGAUGCAUGGCUUGAGCUUCCGUACCAGCGGUCGGAGGGUGCUACGGCUACUAGACCGUCAUUGCCAGCAGGUGGCGAAACUCGACACCGUCUCUGGGUUCGUGCUCUUCCUAGCCAAAUUCAACGUUGCACUGCUGGCAGUGUUUAGCGGACUCUGGAUCAUUAAGGAAAACCAGACGACGGUGUAUGUGUGGGCUCCUUUGAUUGCAGCUGGCUGCAUAGCAUACUAUAUAGCUGAUUCCUGCAUAUCGCUUUAUGAGGUGGCGGUGGAUACGCUGUUCCUCUGCUUCAGCGAGGACUGUGAGAAAAACAAUGGAGUGACAAAACCAUAUUUUGUCACAGAUUCUUUGAGGGCCUUCAUGCAUGACAGCAAGAACGAACUUCCGGACAUUGGAAGCACGAGAGUGACGUCAUAGGACAAUGGUACACGCUCACAUGGGUCAAUGCGCAGAGUGUAAAAAAAAG